AUGACGUCUGAUAUCUCGUGGGAUGAAAUCAAGAAAGAAAAUGUGGAUCUUGAGCGGAUCCCUGUGGAAGAAGUGUUUGAGCAGUUGAAAUGCUCAAAAGAAGGUUUGUCAAGCGAUGAAGGGAAGAAGAGGCUUGAGAUAUUCGGACCAAACAAGCUUGAAGAGAAAUCAGAAGACAAGUUUUUGAAAUUUUUGGGGUUUAUGUGGAAUCCUCUCUCAUGGGUUAUGGAGUCAGCUGCAAUUAUGGCUAUUGUUUUAGCCAAUGGAGGAGGAAAACCGCCAGAUUGGCAAGAUUUCAUCGGUAUUAUGGUGUUGCUUGUCAUCAACUCCACCAUUAGCUUCAUCGAGGAGAAUAAUGCUGGCAAUGCCGCUGCUGCUCUCAUGGCAAAUCUUGCCCCCAAAACUAAGGUGUUGAGGGAUGGAAAAUGGGGAGAGCAAGAGGCUUCAAUCCUGGUUCCAGGUGAUCUAAUAAGCAUCAAAUUGGGUGACAUCGUUCCUGCUGAUGCUCGUCUCCUCGAGGGAGAUCCUCUUAAAAUUGACCAAUCUGCUCUCACCGGUGAAUCUCUUCCAGUCACCAAACACCCUGGAGAUGAAGUAUUCUCAGGUUCAACAUGCAAACAAGGCGAGAUUGAGGCUGUUGUGAUUGCCACGGGUGUACACACUUUCUUUGGUAAGGCUGCUCAUCUUGUCGACAGUACCAACAACGUUGGCCACUUCCAAAAGGUUCUGACGGCAAUUGGUAACUUCUGUAUAUGCUCAAUUGGCUUGGGGAUGUUGAUUGAGAUAGUAAUUAUGUAUCCUAUUCAACACCGCUCAUAUAGAGAUGGUAUUGAUAAUCUAUUGGUACUUCUCAUCGGAGGAAUCCCAAUCGCCAUGCCAACUGUUUUAUCAGUGACAAUGGCUAUUGGGUCACAUAGGCUCUCUCAACAGGGUGCAAUCACCAAAAGAAUGACUGCGAUUGAAGAAAUGGCUGGGAUGGACGUUCUUUGCAGUGAUAAGACUGGAACUCUAACCCUUAACAAGCUCUCUGUCGACAAGUCAUUGAUUGAAGUAUUCCCAAGGAACAUGGAUACUGAUGCAGUUGUAUUGAUGGCUGCAAGAGCCUCUAGAAUCGAAAACCAAGACGCCAUUGAUGCUUCCAUUGUUGGGAUGUUGGGUGACCCGAAAGAGGCAAGAGAAGGAAUCACAGAGGUUCAUUUCUUACCCUUUAACCCUGUUGAUAAGCGUACAGCCAUCACAUACAUCGAUGAAAACGGAGACUGGCAUCGGUGUAGCAAAGGAGCUCCUGAGCAGAUCAUUGAGCUCUGCAAACUCCAAGGAGAGACAAAAAGAAAAGCCCAUGAAGUUAUCGAUGGUUUUGCUGAACGUGGGCUUCGCUCUCUCGGGGUGUCUCGACAGAGUGUACCUGAGAAGAGCAAGGAGAGUGAUGGUAGUCCAUGGGAAUUUGUUGGUCUGCUGCCACUAUUUGACCCACCAAGACAUGACAGUGCAGAAACGAUCAGAAGAGCCCUUGAGCUUGGUGUCAAUGUAAAGAUGAUUACUGGUGAUCAACUUGCCAUUGGUAUCGAGACUGGUCGUAGGCUUGGAAUGGGAACAAACAUGUACCCAUCCACUUCACUCCUUGGCAAUUCUAAGGACGAUUCAUUAGUUGGCAUCCCUAUCGAUGAGCUCAUUGAGAAAGCUGAUGGAUUUGCUGGAGUUUUCCCUGAGCACAAGUAUGAGAUCGUAAAGAAACUACAAGAGAGGAAGCACAUUUGUGGGAUGACUGGAGAUGGUGUAAACGAUGCUCCAGCUUUAAAGAAAGCAGAUAUUGGAAUUGCUGUGGCUGAUGCGACUGAUGCGGCGAGAAGCGCCUCAGACAUUGUUUUAACGGAACCAGGAUUAAGCGUGAUAGUGAGUGCCGUGCUGACAAGUCGAGCAAUCUUUCAAAGGAUGAAAAACUACACAAUCUACGCUGUUUCCAUCACUAUUCGUAUUGUUUUGGGAUUCAUGCUCGUAGCUUUGAUAUGGAGAUUUGAUUUUUCACCUUUCAUGGUUUUGAUUAUCGCAAUCCUAAACGAUGGAACCAUCAUGACAAUCUCUAAGGAUAGGGUCAAACCUUCUCCGGUGCCUGAUUCUUGGAAACUCAAUGAAAUUUUUGCCACCGGCGUUGUUCUAGGAACCUACAUGGCUCUUACCACAGUGCUCUUUUUCUGGCUUGCUCAUGAUACUACCUUCUUUAGCAAAACAUUUGGGGUAAGGUCCAUUCAUGGCAAAGAAAAGGAGCUUAUGGCAGCUUUGUACCUUCAAGUGAGUAUCAUAAGUCAAGCACUCAUCUUUGUCACAAGAUCAAGGAGUUGGUCAUUCGUUGAGCGACCUGGGUUUUUGCUCAUCAUAGCCUUUAUUUUGGCACAAUUGGUGGCUACAUUGAUCGCCGUAUAUGCAAACUGGGGAUUUGCAAGGAUCCUUGGUUGCGGAUGGGGAUGGGCUGGAGUUAUAUGGUUAUACAGUAUCAUUACCUACACUCCUCUUGACAUUCUCAAGUUCAUCAUCCGUUACUCUCUCACUGGCAAGGCUUGGGAUAAUAUGAUUCAACAAAAAACUGCUUUCACAACAAAGAAAGAUUAUGGUAAAGGAGAAAGGGAGGCUCAGUGGGCAUUAGCUCAACGUACACUUCAUGGCCUUCCACCACCAGAGGCAAUGUUCCAUGACAAGAACCAUGAGCUCUCUGAAAUAGCAGAGCAGGCCAAGAGGCGUGCCGAGGUGGCUAGGUUGAGAGAGCUUCACACUCUAAAGGGCCACGUUGAAUCUGUAGUGAAGCUCAAGGGGCUCGACAUUGAUACCAUUCAACAACACUACACUGUUUAA